AUGAAUGGUGCAAAUGAUGCUGAUAGCAGCACUGAGCAGUCGAACAGCAGCAGUACGGCUUUACAAGAACAAGGUCAAAUCAAUGGACCAUCAUUGGAAAGCAGUAGUAAUGAUAUUUUCAUUGAGAAUCAGUUGAUUUCAAAAGGGAACGCAGAAAGUGUUUAUGAUCGAGGUAGAAAUAUGACAUUGAAUUGGGCUGUUUCACAACCGAAUCGUUUGCUCGAUAACGUUAACGAAAUGGCAAAACGAGUCGUCGACGUUGUAGGCGGUUUAGGCGUUCAGACAGAGAAUGGUACAUAUAUAGCACCAGCCGUAUCACCUGUCUCAGCCGCACCCUCGAUGGCAUCAGAUAAUCUUCCUUACGAGCAAGUCGGUAUUCUCGAGGAGGUCACUGUUCGUCGAACCAAAAAAGCGCCUGGGAAGAAGAAGAAAUUAUCGUAUGAGAUGGAUGAUGAUGCCGACGAACUGCUUAAGAAAUUCGACUCAAUCUCGUCGUAUACAUCCGAAGAUGUGAGUUCGAUUGGUGAGGAAACAUUGAGGGACAUUCGUAAAGUGCUUCUUGAUGCAACCAAUUCAUCACUCUCAGACGUUCAAUCAACCAGUGAACAGGAAGAAAAACAUGACGAGACCGAAACGAAAAUGACGGAAUAUUCAACGGAUGCUAGCGAUGAAGAAAUUGCAUCAUCACGAGAGAAUGCAAAAAUGGUUUCAUCGAGUGCAGAACCGGACAAUUCACCGUUAGUAUCAGAUGUACAAGAACGAAGCAAAAUCGACGAAUCGAAAAAAGUGGGUAGUGAGAAUACAGAAGAAGAUUUAUCGCAGAAGAAUGGUGAAGAAUCCCGAGAAAUUUGUGAUUCGAAUGAAUCUUCUUCAAAUGCUUUCGAAAAGCUGAUGAAACGAGCGCUCUUGAACAAGUCCACUCGUUUCACUGUAAGUAUUCAACGGAAUUUUUAUGAAUUCCAGAGUUUGGCUGAUAUUAAUCAAGUGAACAAUGCGACCUUCAGGGCAUAG